AUGGAGAACGAAGCCGACCUCCUGCGCUGCUACGAUCAGCCCAAUGGAGUCCAGCGCGAUCCGCCUCACCUACUGCCGUCUCGCCAAGAGAAGACAUACUACUCUUCGAAGAUAACCCGACUCGCCGAAGAAGGAUGGGCUUUGCGAGACCCUGGUGUCCCCGAGUUUUGCGACCGCUGUCACCGACGGCUUCGUGAGGGCCCGGACGGCCCAUACAUCGCCGAGAUGCAGGUUCACAAGCAGGUGGCCAAGAAGGUCGGCUACGCUGGCACGACGGUCCACAUCGAAUAUCUCGACAAUGGUGAGAGGAUGGAAUGCGUGCACUUCCCACGCCAGACGGGUCCGCCGGACGAACUCCUGCAUCGCAUUGCCCGGCAGAGGUACGAAGAAGACCGGGUCAAGGGUCGGGUCAAGGCUGUAAAAUCUGCCAAACCCAAGGGUAACGCAGCCGCGAAGGCAAAGGAACGCCAGGUACAGAAAGACUUCAAGUUCAAGUUGGGGGCAGGCGCGAUGGUGAACGAUAACCAGUAUAACGCUGAAAAGGAGUACAAGUUCAAGGUGGAGGCGGCUGCGAUGGCGAACGAAAGCCAGUACCGCCCGAAGCACGGAGAAGCACUGGUGACGAUCUGGAACUUGACACAGGCUGGAGAACGGAAGGAACAGGUCGUCACGCUCUGCCAGGGCGCCGUCGAUCUUUCUGAAGAGAAGUGGUUGACGAAGUACGCUGGCCUGGAGGAGAUCCGCAACAUGCACCGAUGGGACUUCCCCAUGCAAACGUGGGUCUGGUUGGGAGGAGCCGUGGCGAGGCCCACGCAGGGUCAUAUCUUUCUCCGCGCUCGUCAAGGUGAAUGCGUCGAUUUCGGUCCUUGCGUCGCCAAGAUUUGUUAUCUCAAGGUGAUGACGGAGGAGGAACGCAAGAUCGAGGCUCUGGCCGCCAUCGUGCUCCAUGGAAUCUAUGUCACCGUGCUGUGGAACGAGCACGGGAUGCAAGUCAGGUUGGUUAGGGUGUGGAAGCCUCAGGUUACGGCGUGGAAGCCUCAGGUUACGGCGUGGGUGACGUUCUUCAACGUCGACAAGGCCAUGGAGGGCGUGCACGACGCUACGCACGGCGUCCAUGUGGUGAGGAACACCGCCACGGAGCCCACUCCGGCACGAAUGGUCCUGUUGGCGGAUGGCGAACACCCCAAACCUGGCUUCGGCGUGGCCAUGAGGAACCUGCACGUCGCCGUUGAGGCGGCGCGUCGUACCGAACUGAACAUCGAAAGGAUCAAGAGCGAGCAGUACGAGAGCAGCGAUGAUGAUGCGAACCGCAUGCACACCAACAUCAUUGCUCUCACGCACUCCAAGGCGCACAAGUGUUACUUUGUGAAUGAAAUCAAAUUAAUCAUCUAUUAG